UUUCUAUUUCAGAUCCCCAUGGAGGGGGAGACAUCAGAGCUGGAUAAUCUAGAUUCCGAGCUCGUCAUGUCUUUCUACGACCAGUACCAUGCUGAUGACAUGAGCAAGGUAUACGGGGACAUCUCGAGUAGAGAGGAAGACACUGGAGUUCUAGAUCUCAAGAACAAUUUAGCUCUUUCAUUAAUACCAGAUGUUACUCCACAAACAUCUCAGGUAUGGAACCUGCCAGAUCUGCUGGUGGGUCUGGACGGGUUGCAGCGACUUCAGUCUGUCUCCGAACCGACUCCUGUCUGCUCCUCCUCCUCCAACCAACUCUCUUCUCUUUCUAUCAUUCCCUCCAGUUCAUCGAUCCUUCAACAAACCAACUCUAACAUUCUCAACAACUCUUCUUUAGAGCUUUCCAAGUCUUACCAAAGUGACCUCAGACCUUUUAUAUUUGAUAAUUUCCGGCACUGUACUGAUUCAUUAUUGGAAGGGUUGGGUAUACUUCCUCCGAGUGUUCAAACACCAGUGAAGAGUGAACCCUGUCUCUCCAAUUCUUACAAUGGAUUAGACAACCUGGAGCUAGAGAUCACUCCCUUCGAGCUUAAUCUCAAAUCCGAACCUGGUUUGAACCCUAUUGUCAAUAUCUCAAGUAUCUCUAGUAUCUCAAACCUGUCAAAUAUCUCGUGUAGUUCCAGCAUAUCUAGUAUCUCUAAUCUCUCCAACUAUUCUAAUAUCUCCGGGUUGGAUAUUAUCAGUAGCUCUAGGUGUGAAUCUCCCCUUGGUGUUGAUCCUCUGAUUGCUCAGCACUGCACCCUUCUACCUCCUGAAUUAGUUUCAGAGCAAGGAAUUCUUCUCCCUGGCCUUAGAACCGCUAAUUUUGUAGCGACAGUUGACGAUAUUACGGACCAUCCGAUGUCUGAAGCAGCACAGGCUUUCAUACAGGAAUCUCUCAAAGAGGAGGAUGAGUGUUUGGAUCGACCGAUGGAGAUGGAUUCCAACCCAACGUACAAACGCUGUCAUCUUUGUGUGAGAAUAUUCUCAACCAAAGCUAAUCUUAGUUCACAUAUUCGUCAUGUACAUCUGGGAGAAACUAAACACAGUAGGGUGAAGAGUAUUCCUUGUCUUCACUGUCACAAGAUGUUCUCAAGAAAGGGUCACAUGACCGAGCAUGUGAGAACAGUGCACGAAGGAAAAAAGAGAAUCUAUAAAGAAGUUAACUGCCAGCACUGCGGGAAAACCUUCCGGCGGAAGUGGGGAUUAAAUAUUCAUAUCUCAUCGGCCCACGCUGACGUUGUGUCCUCUCUACUCAAGCAAUAACAUGGAAUACAUCCAACCAACCAUAUGUACCAACCAGAGGCGUAAUCAGGAGAAGGCUUAUGUUUUUUAGAGCCCCACUGGGUGCUGAGCCCCUUCCAUGGAAAGAAAAUAAUUUAAGUCAACCUGGAAAAAUUCCUGAGAAAGCCCCUGGUACCAACCUCAUCUAACACUGUGACCCCCUUCCAUGAAUCUGGGUCACUUAAUUUACCCUAAAUUUACACUCGUUGCCUAGUUAACUAUCUGAGAUGUUAGCAGAGAUAUUAUGUAACUAUGACCUUGAGAUUUUAUAUUGUGUAACUGACCCGCUGCCGUUAAUUUUAUUAAGUUUAAGUUGAGCUGUUUGUCAGCUAGUCCUAGAACCCUGUCAUAAGAAAAUAUUGGUGCUAUAUUAUUUUGCUCAAGUUUGUUAAAUGAUUUUAAUUUUAAUAAAGAAUUGUUGCUCUAUAUGUAAAUAUGAAUUAAAAACCCGUUAAACCUGUUUCAGA